CAGGGCUGAAAUUUUGGCUAAGCAUGGAUAAACGACAAAUUCAAGCCUCUCCAUAGUCAAAUCAAAACAAAUGGGUACCCAAUGCAACACUUACUACACUCACUCACUGUUUUAACAUCUUUGGUCAUAGCAAGGAUCCCUUAUUCUGAGUCUGAAAAACAAAAUGGCGCUGAAGCUCUAUGGUCUGGCCUUGUCCACAAACACUACUCGUGCCAUGAUCUGUCUCCAUGAGAAAGAGGUGGAUUUUGAGUUUGUUCCUGUCAAUGUGUUCGCUGCAGAGCAUAAACUGCCUCCUUUUCUCUCAAAAAAUCCCUUUGGUUUGAUUCCAGUACUUGAAGAUGAUGAUCUCACUCUCUUUGAAUCCAGAGCCAUAACCGCAUACGUAGCUGAGAAAUUCAAGGAAGCAGGACCUGAUCUGAUUCGUCACAAGGACCCAAAAGAAGCAGCACUGGUCAAAAUGUGGACAGAGGUAGAGUCUCACUACUACGAUCCAGCAGUGUCACCCAUCAUCUAUGAACACUUCGUGGCUCCAUUCCGAGGCCAAGAACCCAACAAGUCAGUGAUUGACACCAACGUUGAGAAGCUGAAGAGUGUGCUCGAUGUGUAUGAGGCUAAGUUGAGCAGCACAAAGUACCUUGCUGGGGAUUUCUACAGUCUUGCUGAUCUUAGCCAUGUCCCUGAAACUCACUACUUUAUGCAGACACCUUGUGCUGAGUUGAUCAAUGAUCGUCCCCAUGUUAAGGCUUGGUGGGAGGAUGUUUCUUCUAGGCCUGCUUUUGAGAAAGUUGUGGGGGGAAUGACUUUUGGUCAGAAAUCAGAAAAUAAUCAGAAGUGAGAGUUAUGGUGUGAGGUUGAAUUAGUGCGCCACUCAAUUGCAGUAUUUAGUAGUGACUAGAAUCCUAGAAGUGUGAUGUUCUUGAAAUUUGUUUCUUUGGAAUAAGGAAAGCAAAUCUGUUUUUAA